AUGGUAUCUGCCUCCGUGUCCCGUUGCCAGAUUCACGUGUUGCCGUCGUGGUCGUUUGCGCCACCGCCGUACUGUUCGCGCAGAUAUUAUAACCCUUGCCCGAACAAGACUCCCAGCCCACAUUCACCCGCAGUAGCCCACAGUCUCCCACAGUUGUCGAUAUUCACCCACAGCAACCCGAGUUCACCAAUAACAGCCUGCAGUAGCAUGCUUUCGCCCACAGAAGCCUAUAUGUACCCAAAAGGCCGAUGUUCACCCACAGCAACCCAUGUUCACCAACAACAACCUGCAAUAGCCUAUAGUCGCCUGCAUCCCACACUAGACCAUAUUUACCCAAAGCAGCCCAAAAGCACACAUGGUAACCCACACAAGCCCUCAGUCUCCCACAACAAAUCACCCACAAUAACCCACAUUCACCCACAGCGGCUCACAGUCAAGUCCCUCCCACACUCAGCCACCAGUACCGCCCCUGCUGCUACCACUCCCGCCGCCGCCGCCGCCGCCACACCCCACAGCGAGGCGCGCCGACCGACAAAGGGGCAUAAAGCAGGUUGUGGAAAGGCUCCGACAUAA